GGCUGUUGCUAUCUGAAACCUGCAGAAGGAAACUUCCGGUAAAAUGGCAAGUUAAUUUGGAGACUAUCACCUUGUUAUAACGCAUUAACAGGGCUAAAUAAAAUGGAAUCAAUCAAAUCUCUGUGGAAGAAUAUCGCAUCAGAUGUACACCGCCCUCCAGAGAAAGAUAGCAAGGUUGUGGUUGUGGACACCAUUAUGCAUGAGCUGGAGUACCAUAUCAAGGAACUAGAACGUGUUGCUUAUGAAAAGGAGGUGGAUGACAGGCGUCGACACACAGGUGUAGACUAUAGCUGGUUGAUAAGCACAGGUCCAAAAGGUUUUGAAAUUCCUCAGCUGCAAAGACUAGAAUUAGAAGAAAUUUGUUACAAAAUAAAACCUGAGGAGUGUGGGAGAAUAUUGUCCUUAUUUAGAGAUGCACUCUUCAAUGAUCCCUUACCGUCCCAUCUGCCACAAAUCAUGAGAUCUUGUAUAAUUCAGGUGAUAGAGCAAAGGCCUAGAGAAGAAACGCUCAGUGAGUGGGUCACAAAAAGGACCCUAAGUCUCACCAGAAUCCGUCCAAAUCCAAAAGUCUCCCCAUCACAACUUGGGGAGUCUGAAAUUGCAGGCCAUGAAGAAACUAGAAGAUGCCACAGCACACCUGCAUUACAGGCAGCAAGAGUUCAAGAGUUUAAACAAGGGAUUGAAAGUUUACCUGUUUGAAUUAUUUUUCAAUCUCUAUCUACUCUACAUCUGAUAGAUAUUAAGAGAUUUUGCAGUUCAAAUAAUGAUUAUUGUUGGUGCUAAAUUUAAUGUAAGUGUGUGUUUUUUGCCACCUAGUCAAUCUUACAAAUUUCUAAUUUUUAGUCAAUAUAAUUUACCUCAUAUCAGAUCAAAAUUGAAUUUGAGCUACAUGCAUAUCAGUCUUAUUCUAGUUUAUUGCAUGAAAUUUAAUUUUAAAUUAACGCAUAUUGUAUACAGGGUUAUUUUUUUCCCUGCCUUUCUACAUUUGCAAAUGGCUUCACCCUAUUUGAAAAACAAUGCCUAGAUAUAGUUAUGUUUUAGAGAAAAGAGAGAGAACAGUUUUGCUCAGUCUUGAGGUAUUCAAAGUAUAACAAAAGGAGAUUGACUGUGAUUUAAUUUAAAUAAUGGUGAAAGUGAAAUAGAUCAAAGUCGCAUCAUGUACUCACAUGACUAGUAAAUGAUUAAAAGCUUGUCUUUUUUGCACGGGAAACUAUAUGGAAGAGUUAUCUACCCUUUAUGAAAAUGACCCCCCAAAAAAAUAUCUUUGGUAUAUAUAUUUAUUUUUAUUUCAUAAUUUUACAGAGAAAGUUUCUGUAACUUUUUACCAAUAGAUUUGUAUGAAAAUACAAUUUCUUUUAAAAAUAUUUUAAUAAAGCAUGCUCUUUCUAUAGACUUCAAUGUAAAAUUGAAGGUGAAAUAAAUCAAGCGUAGUCAAAAUUUUGUAAAUCCCUUUGGUGGAUUAUUUUCAUUUGAAGAACCCUUCAAAAUGACACCAUGAUUACAAAAUUCACACCACCCACUUACUGAAUAUGAAGUAUGUUCAUUAUACAUCGAAUACCUUAAAUUUGUCCAUUGACAAAUAUACUGUGGUACUAUAAACCAAAUAUGUUGUCAUGAGUGAUGAUGUGUUUGUUAGAUUUUGAUGUGCAAUUGAAAGAGACCAGAUUUCAUGAAUGUCACUGACUGUCCUGGCAUAUGAGGAAAGUUCAAGUUUUCAACACAAGGACAAAAUAUUGCUAAAUUUUGUUCAAGCACACCAGGGUAAGAACAAAAUGUUGCUGGGGGGUUUUCCCCAACACACCAAGGUAAGAACAAAAUGUUACUGGCUUGUUUUUCAGCACACCAGGGUAAGAACAAAAUGUUGCUGGCUUGUUUUUCAGCACACCAGGGUAAGAACAAAAUGUUGCUGAAUUUUGUUCCAGCACACCAGGGUAAGUUUCCAACACAAGAAUAAAAUUUUGUUGGGUUUUUCAUAUGGCAAUUUAACAGAGAAGGUUACAAAAUAAAUGCUUAUGAUCAUAGUCAUAUGACUUAGCUUUACUGUGAGGCAUUAUUCAAUGGAAUAAUUUUGAAGUGCACAAGGCAUAUUUAUGAAAUGACUUGUUUCAAAUUUUUUGUCGGGGUUGUUGAAUCGAAAAGCUAUGUUGUGCUUAUUUUCUACAUUUUAUAUCCAAAUUGUUUAUGCCAUUUCAAAUACAUGUAACUUGUUGGAUGAGAAUUUUAACUUUUAAAAUGUUUGCGACAUGUUUAUUGUACAGUACAUAUUUAUGUUCAAAUCUUUUUCUACCAGGUUAAGGAACCAAAUUUUACAGGUUAACUUGUGUAUCUGUAUGAUGAAUGUGAUUAACAACAGAUUUCGCUGUACUAUUGAUGUUCACAGUGAUUUAUCAUGAGGAGGGUUGUCAAGUCCUUUUGUAUGCUUAGUACUUAUUCUCCCAGUCUUGAAAUCUGAAUGCUGUUUUUGUCAGCACAUUUAUUGAAUGACAAAAAUAAAACUUCAGGAAAUAUUAACUCAGUUUGGAUGAAGUAAAAAUUUGUAUUCCUUCAUGUCAAGUUCGUACCAUUUGCUUUAUAUUUUGAUGUUUUGAUAGCAUGGUAUUAAAAACCGCAGGUCAUUUUACGCUGUUAUAAUAGUGUUGUCUACAAAUUAAACAUAUUUUGUCCAUCAACCAUGAAUGAAAUUGGUAUACCAUGCAUUGUAUAUUGUUGGUAUUCUGUAUUGAUACACAACAUGUAUUUUUGCCAUGGCUUAAUUUCAUAUUGACUGAAUGGGUUUAUAUGUGUUAAGAAAUGCCCAAAAUAUAUAUGAAAAUGUUAAUUUUCAUUGGGGAGAAUGUAAUAAAAAUGCACUCUCUUCUGCAACAAACACACACUAAGGGAGAGGGAGAAAAUGGCUCAAUUAUACAUGUAUAUGUGUUUAAUACAUUCAGUUUGUUGUUCUGUGGACACAGUCACCACUCAAUUAUUAUAUGCCUGUCUUUAGAUGGGUCAUAUAGUACGCUGAUGUCUGUACGUCCAUCAUUCUAUCCGUCCAUUCGGAGUUUUCUUUAUCUAUUUUUCAUUUUAUGUCGCAUGGGAAAAUGAAGAUAACGAACUGCGAUUAUUCUCAAGCUGAAACUUGCACAUCUAGUUUCUUUAACUUCUCUUGUAGGAGAUUUGCCACUUUAUUUGAAAUUUAAUGUUGAAUUUAAGGUCACAUGGUUAAAGGUCAAAGGUCAAUCCACUCUAGACAUAGGAAAAUACUGUCCGCUCAAUAUCUCAAGGACCCUUUCCUUCACAAACUAUUAACUUGGUACGCUGGUACAGCGUAAGGAGUAGAUAACCCUGAUUGAUUUUGCAUGGUCAAACUGGACAAGGUAAUUAUAUUAUCUCCUCAAUAUUUUGAGAAGCAUUUGCUUGAUCAACACCAAACUUGGUAUACAGGUACAUUCCAAGAUCGAGUAGGUGACCCUUAUUGAUUCUGAGGUUACAUGGUCAAGGGUCAAUCCACUCUGGACAUGGGAAGAUAUUUUCUUUUAAAUUUUUCACCUCAAGGGGAGUUUGUAUCUGAAACAUUUCUUGUUUAUAGUGUUUGUAUGGGUAUGUGGCAAGGAUUGUGAUUCCCAACAAUUUUCUUUAAUGUUUAAUAAAAUUACGGGUCCUUGAACUUAGUCAAUUUUAGAAAAUAUAUUUUGCACACAGAGCUCUUGAAUUGUUUAUUUACCUCCUGUCGUGGUUUUAAGACCUUUUUAUUCAUGUGAUGAAAAGGAAAGUAUAUCACAGCCUGAUCUCGGCUGAUACUACCUUAAGUAAAGGAUUUACACAACUCGUAAGAAAAACACCCUACAUAAGCUUGUGGUGGGUGUAUUAAAUACUGUUUCUGGUACUCUAGUUUCUGCGUAUGAUAUGAAUGAUUUCAUUAUUAUUCCAUGUAGUAGGUAGUCCUUUCACACUCAGUGAUACAUUCCAGAAUAGAUUUUUUAAACUGAUUUAUCAAAAUCUUGCAUAUCAUGUUGCAUUGUUUGUCUUUUUAAAAUACAAAUUGAUAGAUAAACUGCAAACUGAUUUUUUUAGAGGUAAAUGAGGAGUUACUGAUAACCAAAGUUUCUUAGCAUAUCCCGCUGUUAAGUUGUAUGCUUAGAAUUUCAUUGAGAAUAUGUAUAAUACUACCAAUGUGUGUUUUGUACUUCCCUUCCAACCUCAACAGUGUUCAGAAUUACAUCUUUACUGUGGCUUUCCCAAUCUAGAUACAUAUGUACUUUAAUGAGUUUUAAUUUUGUUGUUGAUUCCAAUGUUUCUGUUGUUCAUUCUUGUCAGAAUAAAUUGUUAUUGUAAAAAAAAAA